CAUCACUGUACCGAUUGUGCCAUACAUCAUUUGGCAUGGCCAGUGCCACCUGCCUCUUCUGGGGCUGCGGCAACGCCGCCGAGCCAGCGGCCACGAAAUGCACGUUCCACAAGUACCGGCGAAAGUGCGUGGUCGACGACUGCUUCAACCAGGUCUACGCGCGCCUCCGCUGCGUGAGCCACGGCGGCAAGAAGCUCUGCAAGCACCCGCAGUGCGAAACCCCGGCGCGCCGCGGCUGCUUUUGCUCCAAACACACGCUCAAGGUCACGCGCCCGGCCCUUCCAAAGUCCCCGUGCGCUGUCGAGGGUUGUGGCUUGCGGAAGCGCGUCGGCGGCUACUGCUGGCGCCAUCGCAAUCGCGUUGCACCGCCCGCGUCGUUUGCCGACCUCGACGACGACACGCAAGUGCUCGACGACCUCCCGCAGCUUUUCGAGUGGCUUCAAGUCGAGUUUGCUACGGCUUGACACUGUGUACAACCAUUAAACUAUGCUAUUUGAGUCC